CCGCCACCGUCACUAUUAUCAUUCCAUCAAUUCAUUUCAUUCAUCCGUUCGCGCACGCGCGCCACCGCCUGACCGCCUCCGCUCCCUCUCGAUUCCAUUCCAUUCCAUCCUCGCUCCUCCAUUCCUGGAGGUCUCCGCCAUUGAUUGCUCGAGGGAUUGGGGACGGGGGAGCAAGGAUGAUGAUGACGCGGGCGUCGAUGGGGGCGAUGGACGCCGCGGCGGUGGACGAGGUGGUGCGGCGCCUCGUCGAGGGCGGCCGCGGCGGGAGGCAGGUGCAGCUGUCGGAGGCCGAGAUCCGGAAGCUCUGCGUCGAGGCCAAGCAGGUGCUGCUCUCGCAGCCCAACCUCCUCCGCAUCCACGCGCCCGUCAAGAUCUGCGGUGAUAUUCACGGUCAGUUUGUUGAUCUUUUGAGGCUAUUCGAUUUGGGUGGUUAUCCUCCAACUUCAACUUAUAUUUUCCUUGGAGACUAUGUGGAUAGAGGCAAACAAAGCUUAGAAACCAUAUGUCUGCUUCUGGCAUACAAGUUGAAGUACCCUGAUAAUAUAUACCUUUUAAGGGGAAACCAUGAAGAUGCAAAAAUUAACAGAGUUUACGGUUUCUAUGAUGAAUGUAAAAGGAGAUUCAAUGUUCGACUAUGGAAGAUAUUCUGUGAUUGCUUCAACUGCUUUCCUAUGGCAGCGCUUAUUGAUGACAAAGUACUAUGCAUGCAUGGUGGCCUCUCACCCGAAUUGAAUAGCUUGGAUCAAAUCAAAGAUAUUGAGAGGCCUACCGAAGUUCCUGACUAUGGUCUUUUGUGUGAUCUCCUUUGGUCUGAUCCUAGUCCUGAUACAGAAGGGUGGGGGGAGAGUGAUAGAGGUGUUUCUUGCACUUUUGGUGCAGAUAAGCUUGUAGAAUUCUUGGAGAAGAAUGAUCUUGACCUUGUAUGCCGAGCUCAUCAGGUGGUAGAAGAUGGCUAUGAGUUCUUUGCAGAAAGAAGAUUAGUCACGAUCUUUUCAGCUCCAAACUACUGUGGUGAAUUUGAUAAUGCAGGUGCUCUAUUGAGCAUAGAUGAAAGCUUAAUGUGUUCUUUUCAGAUCUUAAAGCCAAAUGAAACAGGUGCACCACAUUCAAGGAAACCUCUUCCAAACAAGACACCAAAAGGAGAGAACGUCUAACUUGUAUUCAGUUACCUAGUCACUAUUGUUGUCAGCUCGAAGGGGGUGAUCUUGUUAUGUCUCGGAUCCACCAGGGCAUGGCAUUAGCGUUCUACACCGCUCAGCUGAAUUUGUGUGGACUCAGUCAGCAGCAGUUACAUUCUUCUGUACAGCUGCAACGUUUCUAACUCGGGCAUAUCGUGUGUUCCUAACUUCUCUAUAGUUACCUCGCCACCACUGCAAUGUUGGUGUGGUGGACAGGGCACUUUGUUGGGUGCAGUAGUGUUUUUUUUUGUUAGUUUUUUCUAGUAAUGUUCCUUUGCCUCAUCUCUGAGUUUUAUUUGCCUUUGUAUGUUCUUUAGGCUAUUGGAUAUAUACAUCGUACAAUUGUGCAAUUCUAUUCACUUCCACGUAAAUGUUUUUCGUGUAUCAGAUUUGUUGACAUAAGAUCAAUGCUUACUGUAAGAAUCACCCAUGUAUGUGGUGCAACAAUGCC